CUCGGAGCGCGGCCCAUGUCCGGCGCGGGGGAAGCCCUCGCUCCCGGGCCCGCCGGGCAGCAGUGCUCGGCCGAGGAGGGCGGCGGCCGGCUGGGCUCCCCGGCCCACGAAAAAUGUAAUGAGAACCGUACUGAGAAAGAUAUAAGCCAAGCUACCAGUAGCCGCACCAGGUAUGAGCUGACACAGGAACAGCCCAUUUGGAGAACUCCUUCAGAUGGUGAACUCGUCAGAACCCAACCAGAGCGCCUGCCUCAACUGCAGACCUCAGCACAGGAACUCGGCAAGGAGGAAACACGCCGGAUGAAGAACGGCGGCCAUGCAAGUCUGAGCAAUGGGGAUGGAAUUCCUAACGGAGCCAAACAUGUGUGCACAGAUAAUCACAAAAUGUCAGCUCCUGUUUCUCAGAAAAUGCAUCGAAAAAUUCAGUCCAGCUUGUCUGUAAACAAUGACAUCAGUAAGAAGAGUAAAGUAAAUGCUGUCUUUUCCCAAAAGUCAGCUUCCUCGCCUGAAGACUGUUGUGUCCACUGUAUCCUGGCAUGCUUGUUCUGUGAAUUCCUGACCCUCUGCAACAUUGUCCUGGGACAAGCUUCCUGUGGCAUCUGCACCUCCGAAGCCUGCUGCUGCUGCUGUGGGGACGAGAUGGGCGACGACUGCAACUGCCCUUGUGACAUGGACUGUGGCAUCAUGGAUGCCUGUUGUGAAUCCUCAGACUGUUUAGAAAUCUGUAUGGAGUGCUGUGGCAUCUGUUUUCCUUCAUAAAGAUUCAUCUUUUGUUUGUAUUAAAACUGGAGAGAGACAAUUUUACAAUAUUUCUUGUAGGGGAAAGAAAAGCACAUGGUAAGAUUCUCAUGAAGCAAGUCAGUAUUUGCACUGUUUAACUCAUGAUUUUUAAGUAAUCUCUGAAAUUCUUCCUCUUUCAUCAGAUCUAUGUGGUUUAAUAUGUGAAGUUUUAACUAACUGGUUUUUGAAGCUUCUUCAUGGAUGAUAAUAAUUGGAAGACUUUGUAACCCACACAUACCCUAAAAUGUUAAAUGCCUUCUUUCUGUUGACAUGUCUGUCUCUCCUAAGCAUUCUCAUGAACUCUUUGCUCUAAAUACAACCUUGCUCAGUGUGUAUUUAAGCCAGAUCACUAUGUCUGAUGUUUACCAACUAGGGGUCAAAUGAACAUUAUUUUAAUUCUAAGUAAGCCUGAGCAUUGGGCAGCGCUGUAAACAGAUGUGGACACUCCGUGUAACUCUCCUCUGUGCUUCCCACCUCUCCUGCUCUGAGGAGCAUGCUGAGGAAGAUUGCUCUGCUCUCGCCUGGUGCAACAUUCAGCGUAAUGAAGGAGGAAGAUGGGAUGGGAGCUGCAAAGAGCUAGCACAGUCAUGACAUCAGGACUGUAAAGGACAGAGGCCAUAGCAACAAACACAAGCGAAUGACAGGUUAUUUAAGAAGGCUUGCAGGAGGAUGUGUCACAUUGUGGAUGCCUUAGGGUGAGCUACUUAAAUUUAGCGGAAAGUUUUGGGUGGACAGCCUCAACUGUCUGUGCUCUGAACAAGUGGAAAGAAUGUGCCUCCAUUUGCACAUUGCAGCAACACAGCUUUCUUAGAACUAUAAAGUCUAAACUAAUGCAAAUAUGCACUUUCCUACACAUAAUUUAAGUGUUAUAAAUUUUAAUGAAAACAUAAUACCUUGUUAACAUAACUAUAUUUUACCAAAAAAAAAAAAAAAAUGUAGAACACUUUUUAACAACUUUCAUUUAAAUGAGCUUUUUUCCCCCAAGAUUAAAAAGUCCCAGUAUUCUGAUUUGGUGUUUUUCCAAAGCUGGCUUAUGUUUUGAAAGAUUCAGUUCUUUAUGCAGGGGUGGCGUUGGGCGG